CCUUUCCAAGUUCUAAGGGAGUUCACAGGAAAACAGCUGUUUACAGAAAGGAGGGAAAUUUGCCAAUGGGCAAUACCUCUCUUUCCCUCCGAUUCACCAUUUUCCUUUCUCUUUCUUUCGCAGCUUCUUCCUCGUCUCCCUUCUUCUUCUCCAAAUCCCCAUCCUCAUCGCCUUCGAUUCCCAAAGCUACGCCGUCCGAUUUGCUCUCUCUCCUCGGCCCGCCAUCUCAGUCUUCCUCGGUUAACCCUUCGGUCGCUGAUGAACUCAAAUCCUGCUUCAAAUUCCUCGUACCCUUCACUCCCAUCGAUACCCGAAAAACCCCAGAUUCCAAAUCCCUUUCUUAUAGACGGACCCUUCUUAAGAGUCCAAGAGAUGAGGAAAAUGAGCUCGUUUGGUGGCCUCCCGAACCGGUUCUCGAGCUGGCCCGUCUCGCUGUUGACUCUGGUGGUGAUCCCGGUUCAAUCCAUCGCGCCCUUGAUCCAACUGUCUUGCCUGUGCCUGAUGUCGAAGGAUCAAAGGAAAAUAAAUGUGGGUUAACCAGAACGCCCUAUGGUAGACGCUUCAUAAGUCAGGAGUUGAAUUCAUAUCUUGAAUACUUGUUCAAACUUAUUGUUGAGAGGGGUCCUUCUGUUGGAUUGAAAGUUUCAUUAACUCGAUAUGAUUUGUUUCAUGGUCACAUUUUUAUUGCCACAGAGACCGGAAGGCUUGGCAUAUUAUUUCAUGCUAAAGAAUACCCAGCAUAUGAUAAAGACAUGUUUCCAAUCAACAUGGGAUAUUGCCAGAAGGGGUCCAACGUGACUUAUGAUGAUUCAAUGAACUUGAGAAAUAUUCUCUGGCUUGCUCCAUUGCCAAGCAAUUCAACAAAAGGUUGGAUGGCUCCAGGAGUCCUGCUCGUCCUGGAUGCACGUCCCGGAGGAAUCAUAUAUAGGGAUCUCAUACCUGAGUAUGUGAAUUAUGUGAGGACAAUAUAUGAAGAUGAUCUGGGCAGUGUUGUCGUUGAUGUAAACUAUUUGAACAUUGGAGAUCCACAGCCUGAUUAUCAGAUUUUCAUUUGCUGAUUCUUCUUAAGGUGGUUUUGUCAGUAGCAGAUUAUCAAUUCUUUUGCAUGAUCCUCAGAAUGGAGGUUGAGCUAAAGAUGAGCUUGAAAUCUGACCAUUGUUUCAAUAAUUGGUAGAGAAAACUCGGGUGGAGGAUUGGACUUUUGGAAGCUUGGAUGCUCAAAAUGCCAAGCCAGUGUUUCUGACUGUUUAAUGACCAAGAAGCCUCACUUUUUAGUUAAAAUGUCAAAUUUCUAACUGAUUGUGAUUUGUAGAAAGAAAUUUUGGAAACCAUCAAUGCGUAAACUUACUUGCCCAAGUUCUGUUUUGAUGAAGUGUCAGCCAUCCCUCAUUUAUGCUUGUCAUACAAGUUUUAAACCAUGUGAGAGAUUCCUCCUAAUAAGCCUUAAUCUUAAUAGUGCAUAGUUUCUUUAUUCUACUCAAGGAAGCCUUUCUCCUUAAUUUGUAUUCACACAAGCUCUUAAUCUUUACGGAAAAUUAGCAAUCAUCGAACUUAA